UUUUUAAUUUCAGUAACUCAUGAUGGCGUCUCUGUCAGCUAUGAUCAAGAGCUCCUUCGAGAUAUCUGGCAUGCUUUCCAGCGUGGAUAUAAAAGAAGAAUUGGGCGAUUUAAGAAUAACUUCAUGGCUGGUAUGUUUCCCGCAAAUAGCAUCACGAUUUCUAUUGUUAUCGGAGCUAUUUCUCUGUUCUCCAUGUUUCAUCGCGACUUGUCCUUUGGCAUAUUGCCUUUCAUCGAGUAUCACAUCCUUUACUUUUUGUUCGGUGAUGGUAUCGUAGGAUUUUGUAUUUCUCUCCUAAUUUCGGGGUCACUAAUUUGGUUCGUUCUCGUACAGCUGUUGCGGCUAAGCAUUAAACUCUUGUUAUCUUAUAAAGGAUGGAUGUACGAAUCAGUUGGGAAACCAAUUUCGAUGCCCACCAAGCUAUGGCUUGGUGUUCUAAAACUUAUGUCAAAGAGCGGUCCAUUGUUGCAUUCAUAUCAAGGAUCUUUGCCCCAUUUGCCUCUACCUUCGCUCAACGAAACAUUGGAAAAGCAUCUACUUUCAAUGAGACCAAUUCUGAAUGACGAGGAGUUUGCAGAGCUGGAACAUCUCUCGGAGGUUUUCCGUAAGGGUCUUGGACGUCGCCUACAAAGAUAUCUUAAGCUCAAAUCUUGGCUCAGCACUAACUAUGUAACCGAUUGGUGGGAGGAAUUUGUAUACAUGCGUCAGCGCAGCCCCAUUAUGAUCAACAGUAACUACUACGGAUUUGACACACUCAACGAGCAUCCUACGACUCGUCAAGGUGCCCGUGCUGCCAACAUCACGUACUGUGCCCUGCAGUUCAGGCGACUCAUUGAAAGGCAGGAAAUUUCACCGUUUUCAAUCUCUCCACGGUCCAAAGUUCCCUUCUGCACUAUGCAGUAUGAGCGUCUGUUCAAUAGUUGUCGCGUCCCUGGCGAGGAGUGUGACCAGUUCCGCCACUGGGAUGACGCAAAGCAUGUAGCAGUUUACAACAGGGGCUACUGGUUCAAAGUAGUUGUACACAAUGGCAAACGUCAUCUAAGUGCCAGUGAGCUACAGGUACAGUUCGACGCAAUCUUGAACCAGGAACUUGAUCCGCAUCCGCCCGAGGAAAAACUGGCAGUGUUAACGGCAGGAGAGCGAACACAUUGGGCACAAACUAGACGAGCCUACCUACGCUCUGGGGUCAACAAAAUUAGUCUCAACACCAUUGAACGCGCUGCCUUUGUCGUUAUACUCGACGAUGAGGAGGUUUCAUACGAUAAAAAUGAUUCGAGCAAGCUGGAUCGGUGGGCCCAUAAUCUCCUGCACGGAAAAGGUCAUGAUAGAUGGUUUGACAAGUCCUUCAACAUCAUUGUUUCUAAGAAUGCACAUGUAGGCGUAAAUGCAGAACAUUCAUGGGGAGAUGCAGCAGUGACUGCACAUUUCAUGGAAUGGAUGAUUCUACAUGAUAUUGUGAUUACGGGAUACGACGAGAACGGUAACACAAAGGGUGAGCCUUCUAUCCGUUUGAAGCCUGAGCGGCUCAAGUGGGAGAUUCCUGAACCAGCGCAGAUAGCCAUUGGAAUUUCGAUGAAGAUUGCGCAAAACCUGAUCGAUGAUGUUGAGAUGGCACUUCUUGUUUGGACCGACUACGGCAAAGGAUUCAUCAAAAAGCUCGGUGUCUCUCCAGAUGCUUACCUUCAGAUGGUGCUGCAGUACACUUAUUACAAGAACCAGCAACAGUUUUGCCUGACUUAUGAGGCCUCAAUGACCCGUCUUUUCCGUGAAGGGCGAACAGAAACUGUGCGAUCAUGUACAACCAAGUCGAGGGACUUUGUCCUUUCUAUGGUCGACCCAUCGAAGACGCGUGAAGAGCGACUUGCGCUUUUGAGGAAGGCAUGUGAUUAUCAUCAAGAACUCUAUCGAGACGCAAUGUGUGGGAAAGGGGUCGACCGUCAUUUAUUUGCCUUAUACAUAAUCAAGCGGUACCUCGAAGAAGAAUCUCCUUUCUUCGAUCACAUUUUCCCUCCCACUUACCUCUUAUCGACCAGUCAAACUCCUCUGAACCAAGUCGAGAGCGAGAUGUAUGGUAUGAACGAAGAGCAAAAAAUGCGACUCGUGACGGCUGGUGGUGGUUUUGGGCCGGUCGCAGAUCGUGGCUACGGUGUAUCGUAUAUUGUUGCUGGAGAGAAUCAAUUUUCGUUCCAUAUUUCCAGUAAACGGUCCGCUGAGAACACGAGUUCAAAGGAGUUCAGGGAGGAAUUGAUGCGGUCAUUGAACGACAUGCACGGAUUGUUUGUUAAUGGCACCAAGUGA